AUUUUGUAGUGUGGCGUGUUGUGAUUUAUUUUGUUAUGUUGAUAAUGUCCCUAACAAUUCAGGAUCACCGUUUUGCAAGUCGGUAUCAAUAUGAGCAACAACGCUGUCAUAGACCCGCAGUGGGAAGAAAGUAUCAUUACUGAGGACGCCCCAGAAGUCGAGAACGGAGGACUGCCCGAAAUGAUAUACAUACUGGAGUUCGAAAUGCCAUCCACGCUGGAAGUUGCGAGACGCGAAGGCAUGAUUUUCCCUGACGGUUCACCGAAUUUCGUCAAUCUCGCACAAAUGUCGUCGUCCUUGCUUGAAUCAUCCCUGUUAGAAGGACCAGAUGAAUGGCGAGGACUCAGCCCUACCGCGCCGCCUAUAUCAAUGGAUGGCGCAAAUUCGGUGAAAUCAAUGAGACUUGGAUCUUCUGCCUCUGAGGCUGUCAGCGAUGAGAGCAUGGCCAAUAAAUUUCCUGAUGAGGAGCACUUGAUCGGAAUCAACAAACGAGACUCUCGACUCCCCCCACCUUCAGAACUGAGUUAUAGCACGCCCUCGGGGUCUUCUGUGCUGAUGCAUACUGACGACGAGAGAAUAUCUCGACCUUGGAGAAAAAUAAGGGACAAGGACCUCGUCAACCAGGACCAGGAUGAUGAUGAAAUUACUCCAGCACCGCCUCUGUGGAACGAGGACCCUAAUUAUAUUCCUCCACCUCCGCGCCAGGCUAGACCUGCACAAGGCGCGUUCAAUUCCGACCCGCACGCACGAAAUACAAGGACAAUACGCCAGCGAAUUGCUUCUGCGAGACAGACCUUGAGGGAUGUUGUACAGGAGGAUAGAGAAUGGAUAAGAGGAGCCAUGGUCCGCAUUGGUAUCAGGUCUGAACCUGACCCUGGCGAAAACGAACGUCCACCAGCUACACUUCCACAACCUGCGGCGGAGGAGCCGGCUCCCGAGAAGCUUUCUAGGGGAGCAAGAAUCAAGGCGCGCGUCACAACUUAUUUGAGCUUAAGGGGUGGCAGUGGGCGGCCCAGCAGUGGUUUUUAUCUAGGAGGGCAAUCAGAUGAUGAUGAGAUCAAUCGCAGGACGACGCUGGUUCAAAAGACCAAUCGCAAGACAACACUCGUCGAAGAGAACAAGCGCAAGGCAACACUCGUCCAAGGGAACAAUCGCAAGACGGCUCCCGUCGAAGAAGCCAAUGGCAUGAAAACAAUCGCCCAAGGGAACCAUCUCAAGAAAGCUACCGUCGAGGAAGCCAAUUGCAAGACAACUCUCGUCCAAGUGAACAAUCGCAAGACAACUCCCGUCCAAGAGGCCAAUCCCAAAACAAUACUCCUCAAAGAGAAGAACGCCACAACUCUGGGUCCACAGCGAUUUCUAGCCCGAGGCCGUUACUGUCACCGUCACGACAGUUGCGUGCUUCUUUUCACGAUCAAUCUCCAAGAGCAGAAGACCGCUAUCGUAGGGCCCAUGAACCAGCCUCCGAGAGGUCGGCCAUCAGAAUACACGCAUCCACUAGCUCGGGUCGCUGAGUUCCGAAGAUGGGAGCAAAAUAACCAGCUAGGCCAGCCUGCUGAUGCUGCGGGUCGUGGAGUGUAUACCGGGGACCCGUACCCGAGGCCUCCCUCUCGUCGCCGCGGGUACCGGCACAAUGAUGAUACUCGCCCAUUUGACAUGAGACAUUACCGAGGUGUCAGUUCCGGGUCACUAGGAUCCAAUUCCAUGUACAGCGGUAGGAGCCAGAGCGUGGGUUACGACGGGAACCAGGACGAGAGACAGUCCGAGCUCCUGAAUGCGAGCCAGAACGUGGGCCAGGCAGUGAGUAGGGGUCUGAACGAUGAUCAGAACGAUGAUCAGAACGAUGAUCAGAAUGCGGAUCAGAUCGCAAGCCCGAACGAGAGUCAGAACGCAGGCCAGAACGCAACCCCGAGCGAGGGUCAGCAUGAGGGUCGGAACAUUCACCGACGAGUCCCGCCGCACUUGGUUGUGGACUAUCUCAACGCGCGUGCUGCCGAGCGUGCUGCCCAGCAGCCGCGGAGGAGAAGGGACAGGCUAUCAACACUUAGCAAGGCAACAAGCAAGAAGGUUAAAGAGAAGAUGACGAAAUUCGCUACGCUAGGUAUGAGGCCUAAGGAACCAGAGCCCGAACCUAUUGGGGGUGUUCUAGAGGAGCAUUUCACUCCAUCUCCCCAGGCGACCCCUUCGGCGCCCCCGACUAAUCCUCCGCCCCCGCCGCCUAAUCCUCUGCCCGUGCCUGUGGUUGCUUCUGCGCACUCGGGUGCACCUGUGCCACUUAUUACUGAGGUGCCGAAUGCUGCGUCGGAGUCGGGGAUUACGGUCCACGAGCAGGCGUAUUCCACGAACAGUUUGACCCGCGGCUUCAAUAUGUGGCCGUUCAACAGGAAGAAGACUAAAAAAAAGUAACUUGGUAUUGGGCGUUUUUGAGAAUCAUCCUGUUUGAAGAUGGACUUGGUAUUGAGCGUUUUUUAAUAUCAUUGGGCCUGUUUGAGGACGGACUUGGUAUUGAG